AUGUAUCCGAACAUCAGCUCUGGCACAACACAACCAUCAGCACCACCACCACCUUCUUCAACAUCAACUACUUCAACAUUAUCGAAUUCAAUUUCUCAACAACCUGUUGGAUUCUCUAGUUUAAUGUCUCAACCAUCCAAUCAAAACAUGCCACAUCCAGGCGGGCAAUCAACACAACCUCCUUAUCCAACAGGUUCUUCAGCAUCAUUACAACCUCCUUAUCCAACUGGUCCUUCAUCAUCAUCUUUUAAUAAUCCAUUUCCAUCAACUAACCAACCAGCAAAUGCAGGUAAAUAUUCAAAUUAUUCUCUUCCACAAGCUGGCCAUCAACCUACACCAUCUCAAGGUGGUGCUGGUUAUCAACAAGGUGCCUAUCCACAACAACCAAAUCCUUAUCAAGGUUCAAAUCCACCUUCUGGAUAUCCACCUGGUCAACAACCACCCCGUCCAACAGGUUAUCAAAGUCCAUAUGCUCCAUCAAACCCAUAUCCAGCACAACCAGGUAACACCGGCUAUCAAAAUCCAUAUCAAUCAUCAAGUUCCUAUCCACCACAGCAAGGUGGUUACCCACCACAACAACCAUAUCAAAAUCCCUAUGGUCAAAAUCCUCAACAACAACAACAACAACCAUACCAAAAUCCUUAUGGUCAAAAUCCUUCACAACAACAACCAUAUCAAAAUCCUUAUGGUUCAAAUCCUCAACAACAACAGUCGUAUCAAAAUCCCUAUGGUUCAAAUGCUCCAUCACAACAACCAUAUCAAAACCCUUAUAGUUCCAAUCCUCAACAACCUCAAGGUGGUGGAUAUAAUACAAAUACAUAUGGAUCACCAGCUGCAAAUGAUCGUCUUCGAGCAAUAGCUGCACGAUAUGAAAUAAACGAUGCACUCGCUCAACGUCUUAGUAUUCUUCAACAAUUCGAAAUAGUUGUACUUUGUGAUGAUUCAGGUUCAAUGAAUACACCAGUUGAUGGUGCAACAGGUACUCGAUGGGAUGAAUUACGAUCGAUUGUACAAAUAGUUAUGGAAAUUGGUACUGUUUUUGAUUCAAAUGGAGUUGAUGUACAUUUUCUUAAUCGUCCAUCAAUGCCUAAUGUAACUGAUACUCGACAAGUUAUUGAAUCAUUUAGUCAACGUCCAGGUGGAUUAACACCACUAACAGCAGCUUUAAGACGAAUUUUUCAAUCAGCAGCAAGUAAACCUGGCAGUGAUAAACGUUUACUUGUAUUUGUAGCUACAGACGGAGCUCCAACAGAUCCAAGUGGAAAUGUUGAUGUACAAAGUUUAGAAAAUUUAAUGCGUAAUGAACGUCAAGCAAAUACAACAUAUGUAACGUUUCUUGCUUGUACAGAUGAUGAAUCAAGUGUAGCUUAUUUAUCACAAUGGGAUCGUACAAUGGUAAAUGUUGAUGUUGUUGAUGAUUUUAAAACUGAACGAGAAGAAGUACGUCGUACUCGAGGACACAAUUAUCCAUUUUCAUUUGGAGAUUAUGUUGCAAAAGCAUUAAUUGGUGCAGUUGAUCCACAAAUGGAUCUUAUGGAUGAAUCGGGAAAUAAUAAUAACUUUCGAAGAUUUUAA